GCUCGACCCCACGAGGCGGUCAGAAUUCCUUAAGGAGAGCCAGACGCGGCUCGGUUUCAACAACAAUGUGUGCCCACGAAAACCGUGGCAGUGGGGGGAUGGCGAGCGAGGUCCGACUUGAAACAGGACCAACUUGAUUGGCGGAAGUCCAAAAGGAAGGGGUUAGAGUCUGAUAUAUGUUCGACCACGCGCCUUCCACAACCACUUCGUGCCCGUGACACACGGUCCAAGGAUAUAAAAAGCGGAAGGCCGAGUCGAAGGCUCAACAAGAUCGAAUUGGAGAAGGGUGAAGGACGGGGAGGUAGUAGAUGAACUGUGAUCGUUACGGGGAUCAGUGGAGUUUUCGAAUCAGUGUGUUUUCAUACAUUCUCCCUUCCUCCUCCCCCUAUCAUGAGGAUAACAGUGACCAUCUUGUUUCUCCUUGGGAUUACGAUCCUCCACGCACGGGGUGAACCGAUCGGCAAAACCGAGGAGGAGAGUGACGAGGCGUUGCUCGACUGCGCGUCACAGGAGAACACGUUGGGAUGUUUGGGCACGAGGCUGGCGAGAAGCAUGGAUCGAAUCGAGAUGCAAGUGACGGGGAAGAAGAGCGAGACACCGAUGAGCGUGGUGAUCGAGCAGGCUGGUAAUUUCGUGGCCGAACUCGUCGACGACAUUCAAAAUCCCGGCAGAGCGGAUCAGGUGGACGAAACCUCGCAGCUUGGCGAACACGAGGAAGGACGUGCGAGGAGAAAGAAGAAGAAGAAGCAACUGCAAAAGCUGCUCGGUUUGGCGAUGUUGUUCAAAGCCAAGCUCAGCCUUCUCCUUCAACUGAUCUCGACUCACUUCCAGCUCAAAUUCUUCUUCAUCGCUAUCGCGACCCUCGUCAUCAACGCUACCAAAUUCUGGCUAGAUCUGAAGAACGCUAAACCGUCCAAAGUGAUAUAUUACGAGCACGCUCAACACCAGCAUCAUUACGAUCACGACGACCACGAUCACAAUUAUUGGGGACGAUCCUCCUCCAACGAUUCUCCCCAAGAUUUACCUUAUUCCGCCUACGCCCCGAAAAAUUGAUAGAGGAUCGAAAUUCUCAUCUUUCGAUCAAGGUUACGCGAAAUGAUGGGCAGCGAAAAAUAAGGAACAACCUUCCCUGCCAUUAUUUUCUCCCUCUCUCAGGUUUCUAGAUAAAAAAAAAAAGAAAAAAAAAAUUAUUAAUGUUCUCCUUCGAUCGCAUUUUUAACCUCUAUCGUCUAUAUCAAUAAUUAACACGAAUAUGUGGUAUAAUCCAUAUGUUAUUCUUCGUAUUUAAGUUAUAUUUAUUUAUUUAUUAUUUUUUUUUAUUUAUAGAAAAUCGCGUUUCUUUUUUUAACAUGAAAUAAGUAACGCGUUUUUUUUUCCACGUACCUUUUUUCUUUUUUUUUUUUUUUUCUUCGUUUCGCAAAGUCUUCGAUAGAGAUCACAUUCUCGAACCAAAGUCUCUACUUUGCGUACCUGUUUAUUAUUAUUAUUGUUAUUAUUAUUAUUAUUAUUGUUAUUUAUUAUUAUUUAUUCUUACCCUUCAUACGAUCCAAACUUUGUUGUAAUUUAUUCUCUAUAAAAUAACACUUGUAAGAAAGCGUAAAUAAAUUAUUUUGGUAAUAA